UGGAUGCAUGACCCUGCUGCUCCCAGUCCCAGUCGCGCUUGCGCAGCGUUUCUGACUUUCCCACUCUGUCCCCCGUACCAUGGCGUCCACGGAGGAGGACGGCUCGGUUGAAGAGAAGGAAAACAACAACAAGAAGAGGACGAAAAGUGCCAUCGCUGUCGCAUGGCUUACAUUUUACAACAUCGCCAUGACGGCCGGGUGGCUGGUUUUGGCUAUGGCAAUGAUGCGCUUCUACAUCCAGAAAGGCACACACAAGGGUCUGUACAAAAGUAUAGCAAGGACACUCAAGUUUUUCCAGACCAUUGCGCUAGUUGAGGUGGUGCAUUGUGCAAUCGGAAUCGUGAGGACCUCUGUAAUUGUGACUGGGGUUCAAGUAUGUUCACGAAUCUUCAUGGUGUGGUUCAUCACCAACAGCAUCAAACAGAUCCAGAACGAAGAAAGUGUAAUCCUCUUCUUGGCCGUUUGGACGUUUACAGAGAUUACCAGAUAUUCAUUCUACACAUUCAAUCUGCUCAACCACCUGCCAUACUUCAUCAAAUGGGCCAGAUACAACAUGUUUAUCAUCAUGUACCCUCUCGGAGUGGCCGGAGAACUCCUGACCAUUUACACUGCUCUGCCAUAUGUUCGCAAAACCGGGAUGUUGUCCAUGAGGCUCCCCAACAAGUAUAACGUCUCCUUUGACUACUACUACUUCCUCGUUAUCGUCAUGCUCUCCUAUAUCCCAUUGUUCCCACAGCUCUACUUCCACAUGCUCCGUCAGAGGAGAAAGGUGCUUCUUGGGGAGAUCAUAGUAGAGAAGGAUGAGUAGAACCGCCUCACAGUCCAGCAGCUGGCGUUCGUUUUGAGACAGCGAGUCAGCACAGCUCCCCUGCCGCCACAUCCAUUCACCUUUGGUACCGCGCUCCACCGCACUCCGCAUGCAACCAAAUGGAGAGUCGGACGAAUACUAACAUCGCCGGAAUAGCCAUGUUAUAAACACGGAAAAAGAAUGAAACAUCACAGUCACCACAAUAACCCAACUGGACUAAAUACAGUGCUGCAAGAGAAAUCAUAACCCAACAGGAAUAACAGUCAUCAGAAUCGUCACUGAAUCAGUCAUCACCAAACUCAUCAAUCAACGAGAGGAAUCAUUACAGAACUGGAAUAGUCAUCGUUGUGGAACGAAUGAAUAAAUAUAAUCUCUAGCCCGAAUCAUUAUCAUCGCAAAACUGGAACGUAAUGCUGCCACUAUGUCUUCACUGUCCAGGUUUAGAUAUCUAGAUCCCCAGAAAGAGAACGCACUGAAUCCGUCAGCCAGUGUGGCCACAGCAUACUGCACUGAUAGCAUAAUACUGCACUGAUUACCUUCUACACCUGCUAAAAAAAAUAAAAAAUACUGGAAGGAGCCUGCUGUGCAUUGAGUCAACUACACAGCAGACACAUACUGCACCCACCUUCAGUGCAAGAUAAUAGAAGUUCAAGGGAACCAGGAAAUGGUGAUGUGGAAGGAUGGAGGAGGAGAGAUGAUAGUUGAGUCCCCUGAGCAGUUUUUUUUUUUUAAUCGGCUAUUUAUUUUUGUAGAAAUUUAUAAGCGUUUUCCACCACAGUGAUUUUAUACGUAAAUAGUGUGUGGCAACAAUGACUAGACAGAAGCUAAAAAAAAAAAAUAGAAACAAUUAUGCAUAGACUUAUUAUACCUCGACAAUAAACAGACAUUUGCGCAA